AUGGCCGACACUGAACCUGCCCAGCCGACUUCACUCCCCGACCUGCCCGCCGACGUCCUCCUGCACAUAGCAGACCUCCUCCAAAUCCCCGACGUAUGCGCCCUGCGACUGUCAUGCACGGUCAUAAGCGACGCGCUCGCGCCACUCCGGCGGCGGUUCUUCGGCGAGUUCGGCGUCCUCGCCACCCCCGCCGGCCUGGGAGCCCUCCUAGCCAUCGCGUCUGACCCGCUCGUCGCCCCGUACGUGAAGUACAUCACGGUCAACACAGCGAGUGUGUUCGACACGGCACCGCACAAGCCGACACUGUAUGAGCAACUGGCGCUGCUCGAGCUCGACGGGCUCGACGCGACUAUCAACGUCAUGCGGGUCAGCACGACCGGCGUGCGCCGACAUCCCUCGGCGCCCUUCCUGCGCCCAGGCGCGCUGCUGCCCACUCUUCUCGGGAGAGCGUUCGCGCACCUCCCGAAAUUGGGGGAAGUGACCACGGGAUACUGGAACCCGCGGGCCAACGACGACAACCCGCCGCCCGACGCGCGGAUGACACUCGGACUGGGACACAUCCUGCGCCAGCAAUGUGGCUUAGGCCAAGGCGGGGAGAACGUUGAGACGCGCGUGUUUUGGGGGUUGGUGUUUGGCCUGGCGGGCGCUUGUGCCGCGCGCAAAGAGGCUGGGUUUGAACAGGUCAAGAUCCUCCCGUCUACCUUGUACGGGGUGCACCUUGCGUCGUUCGCGGCUGCCAUGCGGCAUGCGACUUACCUCGCCCCUGCGGUGCGGGAGCUGGAGGUGCUCCGCCUGUACGUCCGACGCAGGGACGGGGCGGAGGAGGACCUCGAACGUGAGCUGGGCGGGCUGGCGGGGUUCCUCGGCCUGGCGGUCAGCCUCGACUGGCUGUAUCUGCAGGGUGGGGACGGGCUGAGGGUGCUCCAGUGUCUCCUGCGGGACGGGGCGCUCGCGCUGCCGAAGCUCAAGAAGCUCGACUUGUACUACCACGAGACGACGACCGACGUCAUGUUCGACAUCCUCACCAACACGCAUCUUACGUGGGUCCGCCUCCACGGUAUCACGCUACACUGGGUCGAGGGCAAGGUGCCUCGCCGCGAGGGAUCGUUUUGGGCGGCACUGCUCCUCGCCGUGUCGGCGCACCACGACGCACAGGGUACGAGGAGCGCCGUCACUUCGUUCGCUAUGAAGUGUGUCCAGGAGUCGCGCGAGGGGCGCGUCGAGAAGGUCAGGUUUGCGCGCUCCGUGCCGGACGACUUUCGCGUCUUUGUGCAGAGGAACAACCCCCUGCCUGACCUUGACAUGGUGCAGAGGGUCGACUCCGGCGAGGAUAUCUUCCGGCGCGCGGCGGAAGAGAUUGGCAAUCAGUAG